GAUUUAGAAGGGGCGGGAUUAAAGCGUGGUGCUUGGCGGCGCGUUUUUAUCUGUGCGGGGAAGUUUUGGUCGCUGUUUGGGAUCCGUAGUCGUGACGUAGGGAAGAGAGGGCGUUUCCUGUACGGAAGGAGCAGCGGGAAAACACGAAGCGGGUGGCUGUCACAGUACAUAAAAUCUUAUCCUGACAGUCAUGAAUCCCGGGGAUCGGUUUGUCCAGACUUUGCAAAAGCUAGGUUAUCCUAAAGCCUCCAAGCUAGAUGGUGAAGACUUUGACUGGUUGUUUGAAACUACAGAUGCCAAAAAAUUCCUUGAUUGGUUUUGUGGUACGGUAACACAACAAAAUGUAGUGUCUGAUGAAAAACUGAAGGCCUUUAAUCAGAUUAAGGACUCCGGCAAAGCUCUCCUGGAUGAAAAAGCUUUAGAUGAGGUGAUGAAGACUUUCAAACCAGCUGAAUCAAAGGCAAGGGAAGAAGUGGCCAUUGGUAAGCUUGAGGAAGAGAUUCAAUCUCUAAAAAACCUUAGAAGUCUGCAUGUACAAAGGCGCAACAAGCUUCAGAUGAUGAGAUCCUCCAAUGUCCACUCACAUCUGAAACUCAAGGAUAGGGAAGACGAGGAGGCUAGAUCACUGAAAAAAACCCUGAAUGACCUGCAAGUCUCGAGUAACAAGCUGAACCAUGAACUCCAGACAGUGGUUGAGGGAAUUCAGAAGUUGAUGUCAUUUUAUGCUCCUCAGGAAAUGGGUUCUAUGACAUCACCGAUUUUCCUCUUCCAGGUUCUCCUAGAUAAAUAUUUAUCUUGUGAAGAACAAAGCACCAACACCUUGACUCUCUUUACUAAAGAGCAUUUCUUUGAGGGCCUUUCUAAAUGUAUUGAGGGUUCAGAGAAUGACUUUCAGCUUGUUCAGCUGGAUGGCAAAGGCAGCAAUAACCCGGCGCUUGAGGAAAAGUGUAAAGAAAUGAUGAGACUUCAGUUGACGUACAUCAGUGCCAAACACAAACUGAUACAAGCAAAGGCCAAGAGAGCAAGUCUGGGGACGGGUCUACAAUGGGUGGAAAGUAAUGCAAGUGCACUGCAGUCCAUGGAUGUCAACAAAGACAAACUAAAGGUCCGCAUUGCAAGUCUAAAGGAAGAGUCGUCCCAGAUUGAGAGCCAUAUUGCUGCCAUUAACAGAGACUCCCUUCCAGCGCUGGUUCGGGAGAGCGCCCAGUUGUUGAAUAUGCCCGUUGUGAAAGGUGACUACGAUGAGCAGAUUGCCCAUCGCAAUCUAUACCUAUCAAGGCAGGACUUGGUGUGUGACCAUCUGAUGAAGCAGAAGGCCUCCUUUGAGCUCCUUCAGCUUGGAUAUGAACUAGAACUGAGGAAACAAAGAAAUGUUGACCAGCAAUUGAAGAUGAUAAUCCAAGACCUGAGACAAAAUGCAGAGAAACUGGAGGCGAGGCUUCGGAUGAUGUCUGAUGACACUUUGUUAUCCGCAGACAAACCCAGGACUAACGUUGACUCUAAAGACACAUCUGGUCAUGGGUUAUUCCAACUUCUGGAUGGAGAUAACACACAGAAACUGUUCAGAACGUACAGCGGCUUGGAAUCUGUCGCUGCAAAAUUGGCCCAGGAAAUCUACACUGUAAAAAAUCAGCUGGCUGUUUGUGAGCAGGAACAGUCCCAUCUCCUUUCAAAGCUGGAGGCGGAUAUGAAAUCCCUGCAAGAUUUUAUGUAUCCUGAUGGGAGCGAAUUAAUUCUGCAAACACCAGAAGUGUCUACUAAUUUUCAGCAUUUACAUGGCAAUCUGGACAAACUCAACCAGAUUUUACUGGAGUUUCUGGAGGAUCUCAAAGUAAAGAGGAAGAUUUUGGAGUCUAGCAAGUUUGAUAAGCUGGAGAAACAAAUUUACAUAUACUUCUUCCAGAAUGAGGAGCUUUUAAAGACUCUGGUGAAGAGCUUGGAGUCCCAGACAGAGGUUCAUGCCUCUUGAUGUUAUCUCUUGGAUACAAUCUUGUACCGUGCUUGCCAUACAGACUGUAUGUAACACUGUUUUUUUAUUUUUA